AGCCAAAGAGCGCCCACGGUUCCCUUAAAACUUCGGAAUAGUUGCGGAGUGAAGUGGUUUGGCCUCUUUGGAUUGUGUACACUAGGCACUGAGAACUGAGGAUGAGGUAUCAAGAAGUGUCUACAGACAUUCCGCCUGGUGAAGGUGAGCUACCACGCGACCCGCCUGUUUACGAGGACAUCGAGGCACAAUGUGAUGACGGAACGCCAUCGUCAUCACAGAGGAACUCACAGGACUCCCUGGUGAGGGAGUUCGAGAUAAUGGAGAUGGAAGAUCCAGGGCCAGCGAUGCUGUCGCUGUCUCAACGGUGGAGAAGCUCGUUCAGAUCAAAAGUGCGUGCCGUGCGCACCAACGUUCUGGACCCUUUGGCUGAAGGCUACUCCCAUUGUCAACGGAUAUGGGAGAUGCAGUUAGCACGCUUGGGAAACCCACUGAUCGUCAAGAGGUUUGUGUACGUUAUCGCGGUGGCGAUCGUGGUGUUCUUCGUUGCGACGAGUGGGUUCAUGCCCGAGGAUAACUCGAAACAAGGUGGCUCGUUUAGCGAUAGGUCUCUGCUGCUCGAUUUUGCCAAAAGCAUUGUUGAUUUGGGUGCUAUGGAGGAGCAUUUGGAAUACCUGAGCUCAUUGGAACACAUCUCGGGAACAGCCGGUGAUCUAGUCCUUGCCAAAUAUAUCGAGAAGUACUUUGAUCAGAAGGAGCUGGUGUUUGAUGGGCUGGAGGAGAUGAAGACGCUUUCUGUUUUCCCAGAAUCUAUAACACUGAAAUUUGACCAGGAAGAGUGGGACCUGACACACCAGUUCAACUUCCUUUCCAAAGACGGCGAGGUUGAGAAUGGUAUCGUCUAUAUGAAUCACGGUACUGUCUCUGACUUUGCCAAGCUAGACGAAUCCAAGGUGGACUACCAAGGUGCUAUUUGCUUAAUGAAAUAUGGUCGCAUAUCAGAGAGUGAGAAGAUGCUCAUAGCAGAGAAUAAAGGAUGUGCAGCUGUGCUGUUCACAUCCGAGUCUGACGCAUUCCCAGAUUCAGCAGAGAGAAGAGGAGUAGGCAUACCACAGUUUUACCCUGGUGAUCCACAUAUGGAAGGUUGGUACACAGAUGAAACACCACAUGCUGAUUUCCCAGACUCAAGAAUACCCAAGAUACCUAGCGCAGUGCUAACGUGGAACCAGGCAAAGAAGAUCUGGGAUAAAUUAUCAAAUGGUGUGAAGUUUGAUUUUAACUCUGGUGAUAAGACAUUAAGGGCAACUUUCAAGAACCAAAUAGUAACCAAGCAGGAUCACCUCUCUUGGAAUGUCAACGGUGAAAUUAUCGGGAAGGAACAAAAGGAUAAAGUUCUUGUGAUUGGUGCUGCAAGAGAUGCACCAUGUACAGGUGCUGUUAACCCGAAUACCGGAACCGUUAUCCUUCUUGAACUUAUCAACGUGCUGUACAAACUGAGGACCAAGUUCAACUGGAAACCUUUGCGAACAAUCAGAUUCAUCUCAUUAGGUGGCUCACAAACAAACUUUGAUGGUGCUGUCUUGCACAGUACCACAAGCCAGAGUAUGUUUUACUUGGACCUUAGCGAAGCAAUUGCAGGUGACGAUCUUGAAGUUACAUCAUCCCCUCUUCUAGAAAGUACACUGAACCUCUAUAAAGAUGAAUAUAACCUGCAGUUCAAGAAAUGGGAUAAGUAUUCCAACGCCCUACCUUUUAUUGGUAAAGGUGUUCCCUCAAUGACAGUUGGUUACAAGGGAAAGAAAUAUCCACAGUAUUCGUGCGACGAUACAUUCGAAAACUUCAAGAGUCUACAGAUUGAUCCGCAGUUUGAAAAACAUCGUGAUUUGCUAGAGUUUGUUCUUAAGAUUGUCCUCCAUCUAGUUGAUGAUCCACUGAUACCUUUCGAUAUGAACGAUUAUGAAAAGGAACUGAAAGAAGCAUUGGCUCAUCUGGAGGACUACGCUAAGAAGACUCAACCUGCAGUUAAUUACGAGUUUAACAAUAUGAAAACCGCCAUCAGCAAUCUAGGGCAAAUAGGACGUGAGAUGGCCAAUUGGGAACGUGCCUGGAAGGAGAUUGUUGAUGAAGAUGGUGGUCUGGAACCUUCGUUACUUACUGUUCAUCGUUGGAACUGGAAUAACAAGUUGAGUGGGCUAGAAAAGUUUUUUAUUGGACGUGAAGGAUUACCAAGUAGAUGGUGGUAUAAGAAUUAUCUCUUCUCCCCGCAGAUGUUCAACCCAGAAGAUGAUGAUCUUUGGUGGACGUUCCCUUCAAUUCGUGAUGCCUUAUUCUUUGGACAGGAUGCACAACUUCAGAUAGAAACUGUCGCACAGUUGAUAAUGGAUGGAGUAAAGCAUUUCAUCCAAAGAUGAAAUCUAGUUAUAUAUUCGGGACACGUACGUGAGUAUCAGUUAUGACUUUUUAUAAAUUUAUGGUUUUCUUAUAAAAUAACGC